AUGUUGCGUUUUAUUAAACCAACCAUUUUUUUGUCAAUUCAAAUUUGCCCAAAAGUAAGAGAGUGUACUUAAAUGAAGUGUGACUUUUAUUUGCAAUGGUUGAUUCGCUGUUCCGUGGCUUCUGACUGGACAGGAGUUGGCCUACUUCUGAUGCAGACACAUUACUCUCACAAGAACUGUUUACCAUUUACCCGAGGCUUAUCAUUUCAUAAAUGGAUAACUACGUGGCUGGAUUAAGCCUUUUUGGCGGAAAGAACGCCAACUUGGGUCCAGACCCUUCUCUGGCAUAUCGGCCAAACUUGGAGAUGAAUGACACUAUAGAGAGGAAAGACUACAGAAACUUUGAGAAUGGAAGUCUGAUCGACCGUGUGUUCAACACAUACAAGCUUAUGCACACAAAUCAGACACUGGACUUUGUGAAUCAAAAGCACUCUGUAUGGGCCAGCUGCAACCACACUCAGAUGAAGAUGAUGGACGCCAUCAUGUCUCUGGACAAGCUGGUGGACGAGUCCGAUCCUGACGUGGACUUCCCAAACUCCUUCCAUGCCUUCCAGACUGCCGAGGGCAUCCGCCAGGCACACCCAGACAACGAUUGGUUCCAGUUGGUUGGUCUGAUCCAUGAUGUUGGGAAGACAAUGGCUUUUUGGGGCGAACCCCAGUGGGCUGUAGUAGGCGACACCUUCCCAGUGGGCUGCAAGUUUCAGAACUCCAUCGUGUUCAGAGGCAAUACCUUCCUGGAUAACCCAGAUGAGAAAAAUCCCAGCUACAACACUGAAUACGGGAUCUAUGAAACAAACUGUGGGCUCGACAAAGUCUUCCUGUCCUGGGGCCAUGACGAAUAUCUCUACAGAGUUUUGAAGUAUAACAACUGCUCCAUCCCAGAGCAGGGGUUGUACAUGAUUCGAUUCCAUUCAUUCUACCCCUGGCACUCCCACGGAGACUACAUGCACCUGUGCAAUGAGAAAGACCUGCUCAUGCUGCCUUGGGUCCAACAGUUCAACAAAUUUGACUUGUACACUAAGACCACCGAGCUGCCGGACGUCGACAAGCUGAAGCCGUAUUACCAGUCUCUGAUCGACAAGUACUGUCCUGGAAUACUGAAGUGGUGAAACAGACAAGACUGAAUUCAGCAGCCUCAUUAUAACGAAAAUAAUGGGGUGAUAACAUAUGCUAUAUGUAACUCAAUAAUUUGUCAUGUUGUAGUACAGUAAUAACAAAACUGGAUUUUGUGUCUCCUGUAUAAACCUAUUACUAAUACUUAUACAUACAAAUAAAGUUCUUAAAAUAGAUAUGAUUGUUACACAUUUCAGAUAAAAAAAUUACAGAAAAGCAUUAAUAUUAUAUUGUACUUUAAUAUGUGAUAAAAAAAAAU